AUGACUAUGAACGUUAUGAUAAUGGCAAACGAAAACGAAGUCGAAGUGACGAUCGUCAGAGAAAACACCAUCACAGCUCAGGGACGUAAUCUAGGACCAACGGCAUCAUCAUUGUUGGAAACUAACAAUUUUCUUGAAGCUGAAGUUGUUCGUAUGAGGAAUGAGUUAAGCUGUACGAGCAUUCGAAUUCGGGCGCUUGAAAAUGAGCUAAGACGAGAUGAUGCCAUAAAACUAGUGAAUUCCCUAAAACGAGAAAUCGAAAGUAUGCAAGCAGCUGUUGAUCUCAGACUGGUUGAUUAUAAAAGAAUGGAAUACGAACUAUCUACUGUUCGUGAGAAAGAACGCAUGUGGAAAUUGGAAAAAGUGGAAUUAGAGCGGAAGUUGUCUGAAAGGGAAGCUGUCUUUCGAGCUAUCGAAUCUAUAAAACGCGAAUUUGGAGGACAGCUCGAGCAGUUGAAUAACCAGAUUACUGGUGGUCGUCCACCACGCAUGCUGAGCGCACCUCCAUUAUCUGAUCUGUGCCUCCCUUCACCUUCACAAUCCCCAACGACGAUGCAGUCUGAUCAGUGUGCUUCAACUGUGAUCCCAACGGUUACUACUUGCCCAUCAAUCGGAGCUCUUACGGACAUAACAGAACUGGAACUCAUAGAUAGCUAUGAGGAUACGGAAACUUCUGAAUGUAAUGUUGACAUUAUGGCAAUAGGAGAACAGACGUUGCAGCCCCACUGA